AUGCGAAUUUUAUUACUUUCUUUGACGAUAAGUUUUGCGCGUUCUGGAAAAUUCCCGCGCGACUUUUUAUUCGGGACUUCCACCUCUUCGUAUCAAAUUGAAGGUGCAUGGAACGAAGAUGGCAAAGGUGAAAGUCUUUGGGACAGAGUGACUCACGCGCAUCCGGAAUGGUUCGUCGAUCAUUCAACGGGUGACGUUGCCACUGACGCUUACCACCACCUGGACAGGGAUAUUCGGAUGAUGAAAAAGCUCGGAGUAAAUUCUUACAGAUUUUCACUCUCCUGGCCUCGGAUUCUACCCCAUGGUUACACAAAUGUGACAAACAUAGCUGGCAUAGCCUAUUACGAUCUCGUUAUCGACAGCCUGUUAUCAGCUGAAAUUGUACCGAUUGUCACUAUGUACCAUUGGGAAUUGCCAAUCAAUCUACAGAAAUUGGGUGGUUGGAAUAAUCCAGAAUCCGUAACUUGGUUUACGGCUUAUGCCGAUUUCGUGAUGUCGCUAUACGCACAUCGAAUCAAAUACUGGUUGACACUGAACGAGGCUGAGUAUUAUUGCGAUAAAAUAACGACUCUCGAGUUACCGGAAGGUUAUAUUGAUCCAGAAAGAGCACCCUUUGAAUGCACCAAGAACCAUCUUCUUGCGCAUGCGCAGGUUUACAAAUUAUUUAACGAGAGGUACCGCAGUUGGAAUAAUGGAGUAAUGUCUAUGUCCAACAUGUAUGGAUGGUAUGAGAGCGCCUCUGGUGAUGAAGAGGAACAAAGGGUUACCCAAAUCUUAUUGCAAUAUACGAACGGAAGAUUCAGUCAUCCAUUAUAUUCAAAAGAGGGCGGAUGGCCACCAUUAUUGGUUGACUUCAUGGAUACGUAUAGCAAAGAUAAAGGCUACAACACAUCUCUCCUGCCACCGUUCACGGACGAAGAGAAGGAACUCAUAAGAGGCUCAGCAGACUUCUUAGCCAUCAAUCAGUACUUCACAUUCAUCACCCAAAAAUCUGACAUCGACCCGCAAGAAAUGAGAUUUGCCACAGAUGAGGAAUCGUGGUGGGGAAAAAUGACGGAUACCCUCGUUCGACGGUUUGAUAAAAUCACAGAUAUACCUAUGAAGAUUUCUAACUAUGCACCCGGUAUGCGACGUUUGAUCAACUGGUGUAUAGAAAGUUAUGGAGACUGGGAUAUCCUCAUCACAGAGAAUGGAUAUUCCAGUGGAAAUAGAACUGUGGAAGAUGUGGGCAGGAUUCAAUUUCUUCAAUCGUUUUUGGGACAGAUUUUGUUAUCAAUAACUGAAGAUUCCCACAAUGUGAUUGGAUACACAUUUUGGAGUUUGAUGGAUAAUUUUGAGUGGUGGUCAGGUUAUACAAUCAAAUUUGGCCUUUUCGACAUCGACUUUAACGAUCCGAACCGACACGAAACGAUGCGAUCUUCAGCGGCCUACUACCGCGUAACGCUAUUCAAUGCAGUGUCCAGUACUAAGGAAUUUCCACCUGGCUUUAUGUUCGGUGCUGCAACUUCUUCGUACCAAGUGGAAGGAUCGUGGAAUAAAGAUGGCCGUGUCUCUAUUGCUAAUCAUAUAAUGUGGUUCGAACCAGAGACGCCUCGUGAUAAGGGUAUAGCUGAUCUCACAAUGGACUAUGCGGCUGGUCGCUACACCCACCCAAUAUUCUCAAGUAAAGGUGGAUGGCCACCAAGCAUUGAGAGAUUCAUGUGGAUAGAAAGUCUUAAAGAAGGAUAUAAUACGUCCAGACUUCCAGAGUUUACUUCAGCUGAGAAGAAGUUUAUAAGGGGCACUGCUGAUUUCUUCGGCUUAAAUUACUACACAUCGCGAAUAGUAAGACGAGCAAAACCAGGGGAAAACUUAGACGAAACAAUUCUCUCUCUCUUGCCUUACAGCGAUACAUAUAUUGGUCUACACCCGGAUAGUUAUUCUAGUGCUGCUCUAAUGUUUGUUAUGUAUCCUAAAGGCUUGAGACAGACACUAUCUUGGAUAAAAAGGACUUGUGGAAAUCCUUCAAUAUUGAUAACGGAAAAUGGUUAUCCGACCUCGGGGUUGGAAACCGAAGACUACAAUCGGCUGAAAGCGUUGAGAGAUCAUUUAGAACAGGUUAACCUGUCUAUUUACGAAGACGGUGUAAAUGUAGUUGGAUAUACCUUUUGGUCGCUUCUGGACAACUUUGAGUGGCUUUCUGGUUACACCUUACGCUUCGGUCUGUAUCAAAUCGAUUUCCAAGAUCCGGAGCUCACGAGGGUACCACGUCUUUCUGCCAAAUACUUCGCGUGUGUAAUUCAAAACAACUGCGUAGAAAUCCCGAAUGAUUGUUUCAAUAUGAACCCAACCAAGCGUGUGAAGAGGCAGAUUCUAUCCAACAUAAAUAAGAUCACCAAUCUUCCGAAUAUUUCCAAACUUCCGAACGCGUCCAAUCUACCAAAGAUUCCUAAGCUCCCGAGUCCCGAGAAAAUUGCAAACAGCGUCGAGUUAAUGCAAGAAGUGGUAGAGAACAGAAAAUGCAUUAUAAAAGUCAUGGGUAUGGCCGCAAAAUUUAUGAGGCUCAUGAACAACGAUUAA